CUUGCAUAGUUAUCAUCAAGUUCAAGUCAUCUCCUAUUAAGCAGAAAUGAUUUGGCGGUACUCGGCCGCGAUUGUCUUAUAUUCGCUUAUAAUUAAAGCUAGUUUAAUUCUUGCUCAAGACACUGCCACAACUGCAGAUGCUCUCAACAAGCUAGUGCAGGAUUUUGAAAACUUCAAAAAGCAACUGGACUCUAUAGACUCACGUCUUAAAACCAUACAAAACACCAUCCAACAAAAAUCCACAUCCGAUGAUAGCAAGUGUCUGGCUCGAGAUAUUGUCGAUGCAAUCAAUAAUCGUCGAUAUGACUUGGCAGAAGAUAAACUCACCGAGAUGGGUGACACAAAAAGAAUUCCCUACAUCGUUCAUGAUGUCUAUGCAGAUUCAGUGAUUAAUUUGGACAAAAUUAUGGAAUUCGCAAAAAAACUAAAGAAUGCCGACUCACAAUUUCUUUUUUUCAAUGCAAUUUUUAACGAAAUUCGUUCCAGUGGUGCGAGCGAUCCUAUAAAACUAAUAGAACUAGUCGAUUCGGUCGAGGCAAUUUUGUCAAAACAUAAUGAUAAGGCUUUGAUGGCAAAGGCCAAAAUUAUGAUCGACAAUGCCAUUGAGGACAUCGAGAUGGCAGCUGUAAGUGUGUUGAAAAUUGCAAUGGUCAAGAAUAAGUACAUCAUGUCGAAGGAAGUUGAUGAUUUGACGACUGCUCUGGCUGAAUUCCGUCCGGAGGUGGCAAAUGAUGUAAUGGACGGUGUCGUCGAUAGUGUGUUUGGAGUUGUUUCUGCAUCUAGAAUCAUGGAGAACAUUAGCAGUCAAAAACACAUUCCACUAGUCAUAACUGGAUUGAAAGCAAUAUUCCAUCGUUUUAACUAUGCCGGUAAUUUGAACAAUGACGCAACUCUCAAUCUUGCGUACAAUCUAAGAAAACUGACAAAUAGGGAAAAUUACUCACAAAUUAGCGCAGAACUGAAGGAUGAAGUAGUCCAAGUGCUGGAGCAACUUCCGUCGUGUGCCAAGAAUUUAUUCUUCAAUAAACGAGUGUGCUUUUGGAAUAAAGGACGUGGGGAAUACUUAUAUGCAGCGGAUACAUCCAUAAGCUUUGACGAAUCUAGACGAAGUAUCUACACUUGGCAUCCAGGUGGUGUUAAGCCAGGAGCAUUGUUCUAUGUGGAGAGAAUCGGUGAUUCGUUCUAUUUCAAAAAUGAAGAACAUUUCGACGAGUAUAUGUAUUCGGUUGGUAUUGACUUCAACAAGGACAUGCGUUACGUUUUCACAUGGAUUCCGGGAAAUAAUACGGAUGCUCAAAGUGCAUGGGGUGUUGAACUGGACGGCGAUUAUUGCUAUAUCAAAACAACAUAUUACAAUGAAUAUAUGUUUGCACCAUCAAUGAAAUACAAUCAGGACAAUAAUUAUGUGUUCACAUGGAAACCUGGUACAUUGGUAAGGAGCCCAGAGUUCCAAUGGCAAAUUAGAAACUGUGAACAACCUGAAACACUGAAGGAAAUAUUAUAAAUGUUAAUUCAUAUCUAAUUAAUUAUAUUUUAUUUGUAUAACAAUUUGUAUGGCUUUUAUUAG